AUGGCCUCGCUGUACCAGCGCUUCACCGGCAAGAUCAACACGUCGCGCUCCUUCCCCGCGCCGCCGCCCGAGGCCAGCCACCUCCUGGGCGGCCAAGGCCCGGACGACGACGGCGGUGGCGGCGCGACCAAGCCCCUCGGCCCGCAGGCUCCGGCAGCGGCUGCCCGGGAGCGCGGCGGCGGGGGCGCGGGCGGCCGGCCCCGGUUCCAGUACCAGGCGCGGAGCGACGGGGACGAGGAGGACGAGCUGGUGGGGAGCAACCCGCCGCAGAGGAACUGGAAGGGCAUCGCCAUCGCGCUGCUGGUCAUCCUGGUCAUCUGCUCGCUGAUCACCACGUCGGUCGUCCUGCUGACACCAGCGGAAGAUAAUAGUCUGUCUCAAAAGAAGAAGGUCACCGUGGAAGAUCUCUUCAGUAAAGAUUUCAAAAUCCAUGACCCAGAGGUGAAGUGGAUAAGCGAUAAAGAAUUCAUCUACAGAGAACGGAACGGAUCUGUGAUACUGCGGGACGUCGAGACCAAUUUUUCUGAAGUGCUAAUAGAAGGCAAAAAAAUUGAGUCGCUGAAAGCCAUCAGAUAUGAGGUAUCUCCCGAUAGAGAAUACGCGCUCUUCUCCUACGACGUGGAGCCGAUCUAUCAGCACUCCUACACUGGAUAUUAUGUCCUGAGCAAGAUCCCUCACGGGGACCCUCAGAGUCUGGACCCCCCAGAAGUCAGCAAUGCGAAGCUUCAGUACGCAGGGUGGGGCCCCAAGGGCCAGCAACUGAUCUUCAUCUUUGAGAACAACAUCUAUUACUGUGCGCACGUGGGAAAGCAGGCCAUCCGCGUGGUCUCCACGGGGAAGGAGGGCGUCAUUUACAACGGCCUCAGCGACUGGCUAUAUGAAGAGGAGAUCCUGAAGACACACAUUGCGCACUGGUGGUCUCCAGAUGGCACCAGGCUGGCCUACGCCACCAUCAACGACUCCCGCGUGCCGGUGAUGGAGCUGCCGACCUACACCGGCGCGGUGUACCCAGCCGCAAAGCCCUAUCACUACCCCAAGGCAGGAAGUGAGAAUCCUAGCAUCUCCCUCCAUGUCAUCGGCCUAAACGGACCCACCCACGACCUGGAGAUGAUGCCACCAGAUGACCCCCGGAUGAGGGAAUACUAUAUCACCAUGGUGAAGUGGGCCACCAGCACCAAGGUCGCUGUGACCUGGCUGAACCGGGCGCAGAACGUGUCCAUCCUGACCCUCUGCGAUGCCACCACGGGGGUCUGCACAAAGAAACACGAGGAUGAAAGCGAAGCCUGGCUGCACAGACAGAACGAAGAGCCCGUGUUCUCCAAGGAUGGCCGGAAGUUUUUCUUCGUGAGAGCGAUCCCACAGGGGGGACGAGGAAAGUUCUACCACAUCACGGUGUCGUCAUCCCAGCCCAACAGCAGCAAUGACAAUAUACAGUCCAUCACCUCCGGGGACUGGGAUGUGACCAAGAUCCUGUCCUACGACGAGAAGCGCAACAAGAUCUACUUCUUGAGCACGGAGGACCUGCCGCGGAGACGCCAGCUGUACAGCGCCAACACGGUGGAUAACUUCAACAGGCAGUGCCUGUCCUGCGACCUGGUGGAGAACUGCACCUACUUCAGCGCCUCCUUCAGCCACAGCGCCGACUACUUCCUGCUGCAGUGUGAAGGCCCUGGGGUGCCCACAGUGACGGUGCACAACACCACGGAUAAGAAAAAGAUCUUUGACCUAGAAACAAAUGAACACGUGCAGAAGGCCGUCAGUGACCGCCAGAUGCCCAAAAUAGAGUACAGCAAGAUCGAGGUCGAUGACUACAACUUGCCAGUGCAGAUCCUGAAGCCGGCCACCUUCACAGACACGGUCCACUACCCCCUGCUCCUGGUGGUGGACGGCGCCCCAGGCAGCCAGAGUGUGGCGGAGCGGUUCCAGGUGACAUGGGAGACGGUGCUGGUGAGCAGCCACGGGGCCGUGGUGGUCAAAUGCGAUGGCCGAGGCAGCGGCUUCCAGGGCACCAAGCUCCUACAGGAAGUGAGGCGGCGGCUGGGCUCACUGGAGGAGAAGGACCAGACAGAAGCCGUCCGGACGAUGCUGAAGGAGCAGUACAUCGACAAGACGCGGGUGGCCGUGUUCGGGCAGGACUACGGCGGUUACCUGAGCACCUGUAUCCUUCCAGCCAAGGGGGAAAACCAGGGGCAGAUGUUCAGCUGCGGCGCCGCCCUCUCCCCCAUCACGGACUUCAAGCUCUACGCGUCUGCAUUUUCCGAGCGGUACCUGGGCCUGCACGGACUGGACAACAGGGCGUACGAGAUGACCAAGGCGGCCCACCGGGUGUCGGCGCUGGAGGGACAGCAGUUCCUGCUCAUCCAUGCCACCGCAGAUGAAAACAUCCACUUCCAGCACACAGCGGAGCUCAUCACCCAGCUCAUCAAGGAGAAGGCUAACUACAGCUUACAGAUCUACCCAGACGAAAGCCACUACUUCCACAGCCCCGCCCUGAGGCAGCACCUAUACCGCUCCAUCAUCAACUUCUUUGUGGAAUGCUUCAGGAUCCAGGACAAGCUCCCAACAGCCACAGCAAAAGAGGAAGAGGAGGAGGAUUAACUCCACCCAGCUCCCUGAGCACAGAGGGCACUCCAUGACCAGAUGCAAAGCGGACUCCUGCCGCCGCUCUGCCCUCAGGGCAGGUGCAGCAGAGGCCCGGACCUUCCCCAGCAUGCGUCCCAGAAGCGGAAGGCAGUGUGGCGGGGGGAGAUGCAUCCCACGCAGCCCAGAACCUGUUCAGCAGCACCGCCUCCUCCUGGCCCCACUGUGACUGGCACAUCCCACAGCCCUCCCCGAGGGAUACAGCAAAGGACAGAGUGCAGCGAGGGCCACCUUGGCGCCCCAGAAAGCCGGCCCUUGAGUUCAAGUGUCCAACCAGUAGCAUUACCCCCCCCCCCCCCCCUCUGCGUGGAGGGCCACCUUCUGGCUCACAGCAUCGAUGUGACAGCUCUGCAGUGGAGGCCACAACGAGGGGGACACGCAGAGCCUAGCCACCCUCUGUAAUUAGGACCUCCAACCUCCUUCAGGCCACACUAAGAAAAAGACCUUUCUGUACAAAGUACACUGCGGCUAUGCUAAUGGUUAGCCAGCUAGCAUUCAUUCCUGUCAUUCUGUUUUAACCUGAUGAGUGUUGUGUAUGCACCUGGGGUGGUUUAGUGUUUCUUUUUUUGCUUUUCCUUUUCCAUUUUCUCCUGUUAUGACUUGGUUUUGCUUUCCACUUGCCAUCUGUUUGCAUAGAGAAAUAGAGCUGAGGUCCCCGUGCCCUCCACCCUGUUGUCCUCAGACUUAGCGGUGGCACUUUGCACGCCAAGGGGGAAGAGCACUCAGUGCUAUCUGGUAAUGCGGGACAUAACCACGUCCUCCCGCCCCUGUAUAUCAGCAUUGUUCCCAUGCGUCCUGAAACCGUGUUUCCUCCUUGAUGAGUGAGUUCUGUCUGAUGACGUGUUUCCGAGUAUAAAAAGACAAAGUAUCAGUGCUCCCCAAGUCAGUGCACCCCAAGGUGUGUCGAGGAAGCUUGAGUCUGGGUCCCAGAAAUCCUAAGCAAAGGCUGCGAAGCGCCAUCAGUACCCUGGGGGCCAGCGCUGCCCUCUGUGCAGCAGGAAGGUGACAGUAGUCUCCGUCGGCCUUGCGAGGCGCACGCUGACCAGAGGUGCAGCCGCCGUCCCCCGUGUAUAUUUCAUUCUGUUGUACAUAAGGAAGGAAUGUGCGUCCAGCGUUUGUGUUGUCGCCCUUGCAUGUGGACACCGCGGCUGGCCUUACUCCAGAAGCGCGAGUCGGAAGCGUGUCGGGUCCCAUCUUUUCCUUUCCGGAUUGGGGACCACCUGCUCUCCAGCUUCUAGUCCUGCUGGGUGUCCUCGGCAUCCUGUGCUGCGUCACGGCGCCGGGGUGUGCUCCAUCGUGUGAGCUGUGAACUCCAGUGUAGCCAGGUCGGGGGAGAAGCUCCGUGAGGGGCGGCCCGGCGGCCCCGGGAGCACGAGGCAGCGCGCUGCGCUGGCCACCAGGGCUGCGUGCACACUGCCGGCUGGGUUUCUGCUGUUUCCGUGAGGUCCGGAUGGGGACGCCGGCUCUGGCCCCAAGACCUGGGGAGGGACGCGGGGUGUGGCAUGGCAG